UUCUGCGUGUGUAGUGGUGAACGCUUGACAGCAUCAUGGUCGCGUCAGUUUGUUGGAAAAGUGGUGCGUCGCGUCGUAAAGCAUUUUAUGACCCGCAAACUAGAGCAGGAAGAGGUGCAAUCGUGUUUAAAUGUAAAGCAGAAUUUGGUUCUGUGUAUAAACCCUGCUCAUUAGCGUAAUCUUGUUCCUUUGCAAGCGGUACGGAUCGCGAAUCGGUUGCGCCUUAAAAAGUCCAGCAUACAAGGGGCCAAAUUGUUCGCCAUUUCGCCAGCUUGUAGGCAUCGCUGUGUUUGCCUUCUUUUGUGUGCAAUCAGUGUUUGGUGCAAGUUCACUUGGGGUUUGCUGUACCGGGCGCAUAACAUUCCCAAAGCGGUACGGGGUAAACCUGUAACAAUAAUCGACACAACAGCCGGAAACAGCCUUCAACCCGAAACCAUGGCGGUGGAAUGGCGACGCGAUGCCACGGAACAGCUCAUACAGUCGUACAAGAAGCAUCCGGUCCUGUACGAUAUGCGUCAUCCGCGCUACUACAACAAGACCUUCCGCGGGAAGGCGCUGUCGGAAAUCGUGGACGACGUGCAGCAGGUGCGACCGGACACAUCGAUGAAGGACGUGCUGCGCAAGAUACAGACCAUGCGAACCCAGUUCGGCCAGGAGCUGACGAAGACGCGCCGUCACUCGAUGAACGGUUCCAUGUACCAACCGACGGUCUGGUGGUACGAGAGCCUUAGCUUCCUGCAGAACCACAUCAAGCACCGCAGCGUGGACGCCGUGCCAUCCAUGGAGAACGAUGGCUGGAAGUCCGAGCACGACGAUAGCAGCUCCUACAAUGUAUCGAUCGUCCGCAACCGUGGUGACAGCGGAUCGCCGAGCGAGAUUAACAACGUCGAAUACGAGCACUCGACGGACGGGAUGGAGUACGAGACGGAGGUCCACUACGAAAUCAAUUCGAUCGAUAUGAAGGACAUCAAGGCGCUCGAGCUGAAGCCGAUCGUCUCCGCGUCGGUUUCGGCGGGUAGCAAGCGCGACGCGCGCUAUUUGGAACGCUCUGACCGGAAGGUGGCGCGCACAUCCCAAGUAAGCUUGAAGGAUGCAAAAAUCGUAACUCACCACUCGCCCACGCCCGAGCCGGUGCCGGCGGAGCCGUCCGCUGCAACGGUGGUGGAGCUGAAGCCCGUUGCCUCCAUGUCCGACAACAUAGCCUUUCCGACCGUUUCGCUUUCGAAUGCGCGCCAUGUGAGCCUGGGCAAUUUCGUAGCGUCACAGAUGGCCUGCAUCAAGGACGAUUUCCAGUUCUACGAGACGCAAAUGGAAAUCUUGAACAUCAUCAAUCGGGGCAUUCUUCGCCAGCUGGCAGUGGACAAGAAAAACGCCCGAAUUGCCGAGGAAGCUGGCAAAGAAAAGCGGGAUGGCCGAGAAUAGAGAUAAUUAGGGACGGCAAGCAGCAGACGAAUCUUACGUUUUACUACCGUUAACACUAACCAAUGCGCGGAUAUAGCAAGUUUUUUUUAUAGAUCGCCUAUUCAAGAACUAUUUACAGAUCCGUAACAUUAGCUGAACAUUAAACAGAGGACGUUCAUAAAUCCUGAUUUUGGAUUUUGUACAGUAA